GGGGCAAGCUUGAUUAGCGUGUUAUUGUGUCACGUAUGGGUGUGUUCACACGGCUCUCUUGUUUCUAUUUUUCCCUUAUUUGUUUCCACUUGCUCACUAAGGAGUGUCCGUUUGUUGCUUUUAAUCAUUUUGGACAAGCCCGAUCUGCUGUGGAGAUUCAAGGUCAGAGGACAAUUUUAAGAACAAAUCCAUCACGUCAGCCAGCAAGCGUUCGAAGGAGACGACCUGAAACAGGAAAUAUAAGACUCCAGUCAGAAAACAAAGCAGAGGGCGGAAGGCGGCCCUGCAGACUGUUCGACCUUUUCUGAGUAUCGUGAUGCAAAUUGAAGGGCCUGACCUCUGGAGUAUCUGCACUGAAAGGAACUGCAGAGUCUCAAAACGAAUGCUUCCAGCAGAUAUCAACAUCGCUUCAUGACAUGACAACCUUGACAGCUGUAAACUAAAGGUCCAUUUAUCAACGAGAGAAACAGAACUGCGUUGACAACAUGACUGAUGGGCUGAAGCAGGUCUUCAGCCAGCUACAAUUUAGGAGCCAAACAGUUCAAGCACAACCAUCCCAACCGGGCCAAGUAAUGGCACCAAACGAGAGCCAAUUUUGUACUGAUUGCAUGUAAUGUGUUGAAACAAAAAAAUCAUCCAUUCCUGAACCAUGAACGCAAAAAUACUUUACGCAUCCGAGAGGAAGUCCGAGUGUUUUGGUUACGCAAAGUAAACCUAAAAGCAGAGAGUGAAAAUGCUUUGUUUUGUCAUGCCCUUUCUGUACCUUGAGUGGUAUAUUUUAAUGUAUUUAUGAACAGUAUUUACAUUCUAAAGUCAUGUCAGUUGUUAUUCCCCUUGAGAUACAUUUUCUGACUUAACCCCUCGACCGUCAUCUUGUUUUUCCCGCGUCCUGAUAUUUCCCAAUCUAAAGCUACGAGGCCCUCAGAAGAGUUAAAAAAAAAAAAAAACCCGCAACGUCUUGCAGUGUCUCGGGCCAGCAGAUGACAUCAGCAACAAAAAUUUCCCAACGAAAUGUCCAUCCUCAGAAAGGUCAAAUAAGGCAAGACUAGCAAACUACCCGGAAACCUUGAAGAUAAAGAGAAAUCCCUGAAGGCUGGAGGAACGCCAAAGACCAUCUUUAUGACUGCCAUGGAGAGGCUCGAUGAAGCCGGGGAAGGAGGUUCGAAUGGCGCUCUGUCUUGUGAGGGAGCAGAGCGCGAGAAUGACGGUGUGCUCACAAUUGUGCAGCGAAAACCGUCACCAAAUGGAAACAUUAAAAGCCAUGCCAAAAAGCCAUUUCCGCAUGGCAAACAAGAGAUUACAGAUUGCAGUCACCCUGGGGGGCAAACACACCGCUAUAAAUAUUUGAUCCCCAAAAGAUGCAGUGAUUCUUCCAUGGCUGAAGUAUCUUUGGAGGCCCAGGGAACGGCAAAAGUCGGAUUAGAGAAGUCCUCUGAUGUGAGGUUGGAAAAGUCGCCAUUUGACCAGGAGGGCACUUGCGAAUCCCCGGGACAUCCCAGGUCCAAACGCGGCCCCACCAUGCUGCAGGGCCUUUUGUCCGAGAUCCAAGACGUGGUGGAAAGAAACGACAUUAUAAAUAGGACGACGCGCUUGGAUUUAAACUGGUACCUUCGGUCUUCACCAAGUGAGGCGGAGAUCAGAUUGAUCAGAGCAGUCCAAAAUGUGCUGGCUUGCCGAUAUCUGCCAGCCCAGCUGGAUGUCGCCGCUAUGGCCAGACAACUGGAGAAGGCGGAGGCUUACAAGCAACGUGUGCUGGACCAAGUUGCUCUGAUGAAAAGUAGCAGUUCUUCUCAACCUUAUGCUCCAAAUGUCUUGAAAAGACUGCAAGCCCAGUGGACGUCUGCGCUGAUGGACGCCUCGGCCACAGUGCAAGUCAAAACGGCCCAGCUGGGGGAAGCCAAAGAGUAUCGCAAACGGCUCGAGACAAUCAAAGCUUUCCUGCGUCAAGUCGAAACAGAGAAGAAUAACAUAGGCGGCUUGGGAAGCAGUGCUCUCCAAGCUGAAAAACUCCGCUCCUUGCUGCAAACCUUGAAAGAAAAGGAAGAAAUGUGGCAUGGGCUCCGUGCCUCGAGCAGCCGGUUGGCCGUCCACUUGAGCGAUGCCGAAAGCUCGGGCGCUCUCCUCGCUCAGCUUGGAGAUGUGCAAGAUGAGUGGAGACUUUUGAGCGGGAGUAUCAAGAGAGCCCUGUGCCAGGCGGCGAAUUCAUCCCGUCAAUCGUCCGCCCUGAUGAAAGAGGCUCAACGGCUUAAAGACAAGAUUGAAGCGGUUCAGGAAGCGGCGGAGUCCCGCGGCAAAUGUCAUGGCGCCGAAACCACGUUCGAACUUUUUGGUUUGAGCGAAGACCUCAAAACGUGUCACCGGCUGCAUGUGGAUCUAAAAUCUUUCUCGGAUGCUCUUUUCCAAACUGGUAUAGGUCAGAACGAGAAGGACGGCGUGAAACGUGCCCUCGAAGAAUUGAGGACCUUACUGGGGACUACCAAAAACCAGGCCGACCCCUCCGUACUUGACGCUGAUGCUAACGAGCAGUUCCAAGAAUGCAUCACGUGGGCAAAACGGAUGGAAUACCACAUCAGCGCUGGCAAAAAAAUGUCUCUUUUCCCCGAAGAAGCUCGAAUUCAGAUUGAGAAAAUGAGGAAAUAUCAGACGGAUAUCGUCAUCAGAAGGUCCGAGAUGCAACGGCAAGAAACGAGGCGGGAAACCGCUGACGCCGACAAUGAGGACUACGCCCGAGGGUCGGAAGUCGUCGAAAAGCUGUACGAAGCGCUCACUGAAAACUUGGAGGAUGUUCUUGACGCCAUGAUGAACAAUCUCCAGGAGAGGGAGGAAUUGUUCGAUCGCCUCGACGGCAUUGACGCGUGGCUCCUCGAAACAAACGCCAACAGAGACACCCGUGCUUACGCGGAGAACCUUUCGAGAGUUGACCUCGGCUCGCUUGAGAGCAAGCGAAAGCAUCACCGAGGGCUCGCCGAGGAUAUCCAGCGUCAACUAAAUCUGGUGGAUUCUUUGGAGAAAAGGUGCCAGGUCAUAGCAGAAGGUCUGAGCCCCGGAGAGAGCCGGUACCUUGUCAACAGGCUCUCGGCCAUCUGGACGCAAUUUCAUGGCUUGCUGGCACAAGAGAGUGCGACCAGCUGGCAUUUGGAGGAGCUGAUUCAUGAGCAUACAUCUUCCGGCGAGGAGCUGUCUACCAUCGAGCGUAGCUUAAAGAACAUCUCCGCUUGUUUGGACCAACAUCAUUUCCCCAUGACGCAGGAAAGCGUUUUAAGCAUUGCGCUGGCGAAGCACAUGCUCAUGGAACAUCAGUGUCAAGUGCAAGAGAUUCAACACUGCCAGGAGUGCGAGCGCAGCGCUCUGCUCUGCACCGUCGCGGAACUGCAAGACAGGUGCAAGGUUCUGAGUUUUCACGCUUUUGAGCAAGACAAAUAUCUGCAACUGAAGAAGCAAAUGGAGGAUUCAAGGGACGUGUCCCAAGAGCAACUCCGGCAGGCCAAAGACGGAACGUUAAGUUUGGGCGAGAGGUUCAAACGUUGCCAGGCGCUCUUGGUCGACCUUCCGCUGAUGAAGACGCGCUGUCAAGAAGCGGCGGAGCAACUGGAGGUGAUCGCUCCGGAGAUGCGCCCGACGGAGGUGGAUUUGGAGAGGCGGAGCAUUAGCGGCGCCGUAGCGGCGUUUGCUUCUUCGGAGCAGGCCGCCACGGAUGAGAUGAAGCAUUUAGAGGGCGAGCUUCUUCUGGGCCUGCGCUUUUGCUCCGAGCUUCCCGCCUUGACGGAAUUCUUCCGAAGAACGGCACGAGAGCUGCGGGGUGCGGAGCCGGUCGGUCCCGAUGAGGGCGCCGUGGAUGUCGCCCUGCAAAGGCGAUGGGUGAUGUGGAGAAACAUGGAGUCUGCGAUGCGCCUGUUGCGUGCGCUGGCUCGGAAAGAGGAAAUUGACUUCGAGAGCUGCAGUGAUUUGCAUUUACUGGGUGAUUCCACCAUGCAGGAAUGUCAUUUACAGAUGGAGCGUUUAUCCAAGACCCGAGAAUCCUUGAAAGAUUACCAGUGGGCCGCUCAGGGAGCCAUCAACUUUCUUCACCACGCUGAGAUCACGUUUUUAUCGGCUCCCGGCGGCUUCCUUGACUGUACGGAGGAACAGACUCAGACGCAACAGGCCAUCGAAGCUCUCGAAGAAGGAUUUGUUGCCCAUAUCCAGCAUCUUGUUGAACUGGUGCCUCAGCAAGUCUGCCUUUCCUGCUCGGAAACUCGAGACCUGCACAUUGGCAUCUUGAGUCAAUUGUUAGUGGGAAGGGCCGUUCUUGAGGCUCAGGCUCAGCUCAGACUGGAGUCCUUGCAGAGAUGUGCACUUCGACAACAAAGCCACAGGGUUUGUCACCAAGACAUGCGGCGGUGUCUUCUUGAUUUCGAAGCAAAGCUUUCGGCGUGCGCGGCGCAAGAAGUGACGUCCUACGAAAAAUGUCUGGCGCAACACAAACGUUGUAAGCACUUGAUGGAGGGGAUCUGCGACCUCGCUAUGAAAAUUGAGGACCUCCGAGAAAGAUGUCCCGUGCAGGGAUGUGGCAUUGGAAAGGAUGGAGAGCUCUGCGCCCUCUGGAGGCGCUGGGUUUCAUUGCGGUGCCGUGUUGGUCUGCUCAUGGCACAAGCAGAUCAGAGACUGGAGGAAUGGGAGGACAUCACAGCUAGUGUGGAACUGUGCCGCAGCUCAUUGUCGAGACUCCAGGCCGAGGUUCCUGACUCCUCCGCUCUCGUGUUCACACAAGAUGACCUCCAGAAGCUUCUGGCCCAGGCAGAGCUGCAGCAGGUUGGUCUAGAACGAGAAAGACAAACUUUGGCUUCCCUGGAGCACCGCCUGGAGCAUGUCUUGAGCUUGACUACUUCCAAGGAUCCCUGCAGUCUGCCAGGGACUUUUGGUGAAAGCCUUGUGAACAUUCGAGAAAACGUCAAACGUUUGGAGGAAAGGAAUCUCCAUGUGAUUGCCGCUACCCAGAUUGAGGCAAGGGAAAGGAAGCAGUUUGAAGAGAGGAUUGGACAGCUGGAGAAGAGCAUGUGCACUAUUCUUCCCUUGCUGGGCAACGAAAUGGGUUCAGCAAAACACCAGGAGCUCACAAAGGAUCUGUCCAAUCAGAAAGUUAACCUAAAAGGUAUCCAGGACGGCGUGCUGGAGCGAUAUGCUGAGAUUCCAGCUGAUAUUAGCCAGCGAAUGCAAACUCUUCAGGAGUCUGUGGAGGAAGCUGAAAGAAAGUUAGAGCAGAGCGCGUCCGUUCAAAAACUGGCUUGCCAAGUGACAGAGUUGAUCUCUGACCUGGACCAAGUGAAAUCAUCUCUGGGGCAAAAGAGCUCCACUGUCGCCGAGGCCCAACGUGCUCUCAAGCACGUGUGGGACGAAUUGGACUCGUGUCACGGUCGCUUGAUGCUCCUGGAGAGCGAGGUGCAGGAGCUGGUGGAGGAACAAUCGGAGCAAGCUCAGCUGUUUAUGGACCAGCUGACGCGGCCGUUGCAGCUUUACCAAGAUGCCGUGCAGACGGCUGAGCAUCGCACCGCUUUCCUGAGCAAGAUCCCGGCCUCUCUUCAAGAGUUCGAAGACCUCCUGUGCGGCGCCACUUGUUGGUUUGACGAGGCCCAGGCAUGGCUGAGCAGUCCCUGCUCUUUGCCGACAUCCAAAGGCCUCCAGAAUCAUGCCAACACCUUGCAGCUGGUCAUGGAUGACUCGGCGAGAAUCAGGAACACGCUGAAGAAUUUCCGGCCAGUGCUCGCCGAGAUUUCUGCCGUGUGCGAUCUCAGUGCGCAGGAGGGGAGGAUGGACGGCACCGAGCGACAGGUUGAACAGAUGCAAAAAAGCAUUCUCGAGCCAAUGGAGCAGCACAAGCAGGCUGUUGAGGUCGUGGAGGCCUUGGAAGAGGAGUUAAAGACCUUAGAGGCGAAUGUCCCAAAAAUCACAACCAUUUUGUCCUCUUUAGACAAUUCCAACGUGACGCCGAAAGAGCAUUUUCACAACCAACAGGUGAUCCUGGACAAUGUCCACUCAAUGCAGAAGACAUUAGAGGACAUGGAGAGCUGCAGAGGAGAUUUACGCCUCCCACAGGAAACAAAGGAGACUCUAGUGGUGUUCUCUGGAAUCAAAGCGCUCCUGCAGGUGCUGACAGACUUAGAACAUCUCACCCAGCAACGAGGCGUUCUUCUGGAGGAGGCUUUCGAGGAGUCCAAUUCAGAAGAUGAUGUGGAUGAAGACGAGAGCUGUCACUCAUCAUCCUCGGACACACUAACGUGCAGUAUUCCCGAGGACCCAGAGGACACGUUGUGUACUCCAGGGGUGCGAAGCGAUGACUUCAUAGAUCCGGAGGCACGGUCUGACGCCAAGGCUUUGGCCUUUGUGUCCGCCCAAUUUUGUGAACCAGUUUUUGAAGCUGAGAGCUCAAAUAAUUUUGAGUCGUCCGGCCUGGAUUCCAAGACGUUUGAUCAAGAAGAUGCUCCAAGUGGAUUCACAAGAUCACCAACACGACUGAACACUGAAGCUGCUGGUGAUGAAGUCCUCGGGAUCCAAAUUGUGGCACCCGAGUCUGUGAUCUCUUCCACCGUUUCUGCCGCCGUAAUCACAGAUGACCUUUCUGCACUUCCAAAUGUUGACCUAUGCGGCCCCCCCAUCAACGUACUCUCCAAUCAGGCCGCAGCCACAGGGGAGUCCGUGGCUACGCAUCCAAUUCAAGAGCCAAGUGGACGCGUCAUCAGGGAUUGCAAAGAGGGAAAAGAUCAACACCACGCCAAGCCUUCUGCAAUAUUGACCCGGUGCAGCGGAGUUCACACAGACCAGCAACAGUGGCGCCUGCUUCACAAUCAAAUCGCCCAGAAAGUGAAUAGCCUACAAAAACUUCAGGAGGAGCAUCGGAAGUCGAUUGGCGAUGGCAAGGUUGCAACGGUCCCGGAAGGAAAAUUGCUGUCGGCUUCAGCUGUUCUUCAGCAUGCAAAUGAAUCCAUCACCAUGCUGAGUAAAAUCGUGAGCUCUGCGGAUGAUCCCGCCACGAAGGGCGAGUUAUAUUCGGCGGCACACACAGUUCUUCAAUGCGUGGACGAUUUGACCGACCUUCCGUCGACUCCCCAACAAUGCAGUGAUGGGGGUGAAGAGACCCAGCUUGAGUCACUACAGCAUGAAUUCGUAUCAAUGGAGCUGGCGAGUCUGGCCGGCCUGCUGCAUGACGUCGAGUCAAAGAUCAGUCCCGUGCUUCAAGACGACGAACGGAGCUGUUUAACGUGCCUGCAGAAAUGUCUGAAAGCUGCCCAGUUAGUCAUCGCCUCUUUCAACGAACUCUCCGUCGACUCUCUGGGUCUUAAAAGCCAGCAUCAGGAGCUCUUCUCCAACCAGUUAUGUUUCAUGGAGGAGAUACAGCCGAGUCAUCGUGAAAUAUUCCCAAAUCAAAAGGAAACUUCCAUUCUGCAGCAGUGUGUGCUGGGCAGACAUGUGAGAGAGAGUUCAGGGGAAAAAGCCCUGAUACAGAAAGCGAUCCAGUCCUUACUGCACGGAAUGCGUAGCCUACUGGAUCUCGGUGAAGGAUGCGUAGCCGAGGGGCCGGCGAGACCCGUUCAAAACGUUCGCCAACUACACGUUCGUCUCCGUAGAGACCAGAAGUUCGCUCAUGUUCUCGGAGCUCAGCUGAAUUUUAUGCAACAUCUAUUCCAUGGAAGGCCAGAUGUGCUGCGGGCUCAGGAGGAUGAGCAAGCACAGCUGGAAGUUCGGGGCAGAGCUUUGAUCCAGGAGUUGCUACAACAGGAGGUGGCAUCUCAGUGGAGAAUCCUGGAGUGCAACCGCUGGGAGGAUAAUUGCGGUCGACUGGGAAGACUGCUGGACGAGCUUGAAGUCCGCAUCGGCGGUGCGGAAGCGGCGCAGGCGGAGGAUAAUGAGGAGUCCCACAUAGAACGCCGUCGACGUGCCUGUCAGCAAACUUUGGUCCAAUUGGAAGCGAACCGGGCUCUCCUGGGCCAGCUCGUGGAUCAGAGAUGUGAGCUGCAGACGGAUCCUUUAUUUGCGCCUUCGGCCGUACAGACAGGGGGUGCUCUGGAGCUGCGAUGGAGAAGCAUCAGCAGCCGCGUGGAACGAGAGCUUCGGCGCUACAGUGACGCGUGCGACGGCUGGGCCAGAUUCCAGACAGACUUUUCCCUCGUCAGUAAAUGGCUCCGUGAUGCCAACGAACGCCUGACAAUUUGCUCAGAACUCACUGAUGCCUCUCACGUCAGCCAGGAGAGUGUUCGCAAGGGUCUGAUCAGGUUGUUGGACUUCUCUAUAGAGAUGGAGACCAUGUCUGCUCGCAAGGAAUCCGCCUCCGGAGAAGCCGCUCGACUGCUCCGUCUGAGGGAAACGGAAUGUCCUGGCCUGAGAGGGAGCCUCACAAAGCUGGAGAUGACCUGGUGCAAGCUCACCUCUGACCUGACCAGUGCACAAGACCGGCUGCAAAAGGAGCUGCUCCAGAUAUGGCCACCGAUGACGCUGCUGUCUGACUUGGAGGAUUGGCUCAAGAACUUGGAGGUUCAUCUGGAGCAGGCGAGAGAAAAAAUCCGCGAGGUCACAGACGCCGCUGGGAUCAGGAGAAGCCUGCAGCGCUUCCUGGCGUUAAGGAUGUCUUUAGUCAAGGGGCAGCCUCUUCUGGAAUUUCUGUCCCAAACUCGCCCGCAGGGGAUGGAAGUGGAUGUUCAGGCUCGUCUUGCAGAGAGAACAAUGUACGCGGAGCAACUCGGUGCCCUCAGGCAACAUUGGCUUCACCUGCAGGGGACGCUGGAGAACCAGAUUCAUGGAGAUCAAGAGCUCCAUUACGCUUGUGCUGCCAGAGAGAGACAGUUGCAGCGUCUCCGUCGGGCCGUUGAGCAGCAGAAAAAGCACUUUAAUCGGUGGAAACAUCCAACCGGUCAAACGCAAGCUCAAAAGGUUCUGCAGGAGUGGGGGGCUGUUCUCGUAAGAAUAAAGGAAGUGGCCGCAGCUUUGCAGGGGGUGAAAUCCACGCGUGUGCUUGUUGAAAAGGAGCAUCGGUGUGAUGUCGUUUUUUGUGAGCAGGCUGAGGCUGUCGGUCUGGCUUGUGAGGAUCUCCUUCAGCAGAUGCGGCUUUUGGAGCCAAUUUUAGAGCAAACCGUCCAGGAAUGGGCUUGUCUGGAGAGAAAUCUGCGGGAGGUUUCCCUGCUCACCGGCAGGGUACACUGUACCGUGCAGAUUUACGGAGCACUUUUGUUUUCACCGAAGCAGAAGGAAAGUUAUUUGGAGCUACUGCAGCAACUGCAGGAGAUGUGCAGACAAGGGGAGAAGCUCUGGGUCGACGUCGACAAAUCUCUUGCGAUUCUUUUGAAGACACUCGACCCUGCAACAAGCCGCUCACUCGAUGAUCGAAUAGAGAAAGCGCAGAAGCGGUGGGAGGACAUGUUGGAAAAUCUGGAAACGGAACGCCAGAAGACUGACGAGACCCGAACCCUCUGGCAGCAGUAUAAUCGUACCUUUGAUAAGGGCUCCCUUCAGCUGGAACACCUUCGGCAUCAGUUGUCCUCCUUUUCGCCUCGACGGGAGCCGCAGGUCGCGGUUCACUCGGCAGAGAAAUUACAGAAUUUUGCCGAGGACCUGCAAAAGAGUGCGACGGAUGUGCUGGCCUCGUCGAAGCCUCUCCGUGGACGUCUCAAACCACGCGUCCAAAAUUUGGUCCAAUCUGAGAUCGCGGGACUGUCGCUUGAGGGCCUCCUGCUGAACCAGGCCAUGUCCGACACAAAGAAAAGCCUUCAGGAAGAUUUAGACGACUACAAACUAUUUUGCACGCAGCUGGAAGCCCUUGAGCAGCAGACGCAAAACAUACUGCAUGGAGAGAAAUCGAACACGAAUGACAAAGACAUUGUGAAGGAGCUGUUGAAACUUAUCGAACUGCUUCCGUCACUGGUUGAUAUCAGCGAAUUGAGCGGCUACGUGACCCUCGCCAAGCCGGAAAAAGACGCGCUGCACGCGCUCGGCGAAAAAUGGAGCCGCGGUGUGAAUCGCAUGUGUUUUUUGUACAGAACUCUUCAGCGUGAACAUCAGCGGUCCCAAGACUUUCAUCAGAAGUGUCAGGAGCUCACGUUCAUCCUGGAGGAGCUGGAGUCGGAACCCCCAAGUGGCUUCAACCUCCAAGAGAUACUUGCUGUCCAUCAGAGGCGUCAGAUUGAAAUGAUUACUGGACAAGAGCUUCUCCGAGAUCUUCUGUGUAAUGCAAUCAAGUCCAUGGAAAAACAAAAAUCAGACGAAAAAUCUGAGCUCCUGACACAAGCGCUCCAUCUGCGAGGGAAGUGGUUCAGGUCUUUGUCGCUGGCCGGCCAGCACCGGGCCGCGACUGGCGAACAGAUCCAUCAGUGGAGGAUCUAUAAACGUGGCAUGAAGCUUCUGGGCAAGACGCUGAGAAGUGUGGAAAGCCUGCUGUCCCCUGCUCACCCUUCACAAACUCUAUUACCUUUAAAAUCGCCGCAACUUGCAGACCAGUGCCAGUGUCUGAAUGAAGCUCUGCAGCGUCACUCAUCCGUGCUCACGGAGACUUUGGAGGCGGGUCGACUUUUGUGUGAGACGACGUCAGACUCGGACAGUCGGACUCGACUCGAGUUGGAAAUUCAGGCCAUAGAAGGGGCCUGGAAACACGCUAACUCACUGGUCCAAAAAAGGAGAACAGUGGUCAGCACGACUGUUCAGAACUGGUCGCGGUGUCAGGACGAGAUAAAGGCCAGAAUGUGUGAAGUGGAUGAGCUGAGAAGCCAGCUGAAGAGGCCGCUGCCCGCGGCGACGGAUGCGUUUGUGGAAGCGCUCAUUCGGAAGACGGACCUCUCUUUGCAACAUCUCGCCGGUGGAUUGAAAGACGUGGCCUCCAUGAAAACCGACCUGUCCCAGUACGUGGCGGCGGCCGAUUCCGCUCUGCUGGAACAGCAGCUGGAGCAACUUCAUAUCCAGUGGGAUGAACUCUGCGCCAAGGUGUCCUCGCGCAAGCAGGAAAUUGCUGACCGCCUCAACGCCUGGACCAUCUUCAAUGAGAAAAACAAAGAGGUCUGCGAUUGGCUCACCCAGAUGGAGAGCAAGGUGUGUCACGGCGCGGAUCUCAGCAUCGAAGAAAUGGUGGAAAAGCUGAAAAAGGAUUGCAUGGAGGAAAUCAAUUUGUUCAGUGAGAAUAAAAGCCACUUGAAGCACCUCGGAGAGCAGCUGCUUUUAGCCAGCGAUGAGGCCAAGCAGACCCAAGUGCGUGCUUCCCUGCAAGAGGUUAACCAGAGAUGGCACAACCUCUUCAGCCACAUCGAGGCCAGAGUGACAAAGUUGAAGGAGACUCUGUUGAGAGUGCAACAACUGGACAAAAACAUGAGCAACCUCCGAUCGUGGCUUUCACGCGUGGAGGCCGAACUGUCCAGGCCCAUUACCUACAGUGUUUGUCAUCACCAGGAGAUACAGAGAAGGCUGGCUGAGCAGCAGGAGCUGCAACGGGACAUCGAGCAGCAUACGGAAGGCGUCACCUCGGUCCUCAACCUGUGCGAUCUUUUGCUGAGGGACGAAGACGCCGCCGGCACCGCUGAGGCGGAAUGUGACUCCCUGCAGGAAACCAGUCGUAGCCUGGACCAGCGCUGGAGGACCAUCUGCGCCAUGUCUCUCGACAGGCGACUCAGGAUUGAGGAAACAUGGAGACUGUGGUGCAAGUUCCUGGAGGACUAUUCGCAGUUUGAGAAUUGGCUUAAGAUGGCGGAGAAGACCGCCGCCAACCCCAACUCGGGAGACGUUCCUUACGCCGUUGCCAAGGAGGAGCUGAAGAAGUUUGAGAGGUUCCAAAGGCAGUUGCAUGAGAGGCUGACCCAGUUAGAACUCAUCAACAACCAGUACCGCCGACUGGCCCGCGAGAACCGUACGGACCGCGCCGGCCAGCAGAAAGCCAUGGUCCACGAGGGCAACCGGCGCUGGUACGUUCUGCACCGGCGGGUGGCUGCCGUCCUCCGCAGACUGAAGCAUUUUACCAGUCAGCGAGAAGAAUUUGAAGGCACUCGGGAAAGCAUGUUGGUGUGGCUGACGGAACUGGAUCUGCAGCUGACCAACGUGGAGCACUUUUCUGAGAGCGACGUUCAUCACAAGAUACAACGGCUUAGUAGUUUCCAGAAGGAGAUCAUCCUCAACACGGAGCGCAUUGAUGGGCUGAUCGUGUUUGGGGAAAGUCUCAUCCAGAAGAGUUCACCGCAGGAUGCCGCGUUGAUAGAAGAAGAACUGGAGGAGCUUCAUUCCUACUGUCAGGAGGUUUUCAGCCGACUGGUUCGCUUCCACCAACGUCUCAGCCAGCCGCCGGUGUUGACGGAAGACGUGUUCAUGGAGUCCAGCUUGGAGCUGAUCGGACGGCCCUGGCUCGGGCGGGGUCAAGGAAGCCUGCCGGCCACACCCUCCCACUUGCUGGCCUUUCCGCUGGAGCAGUCGGGGCGGGAGACGCCGGUGAGCGUCGACUCGCUGCCGUUAGAGUGGGACCACACCGGGGAUGUUGGCGGCUCAUCAUCCCACGAGGAUGACGAGGAAGAGGGAAUUUACUUCAGUGCUUUGUCAGUGUCGGACAGGUUGAUGGCUGCCUGCGAGUCUCCAAUCUGGACAUCACCGGCAGAUGAAGAAGAACCUGACGCCGGCGACCACAACGUUCAACACGCCCUCACCAGCACGCCGGUCAAGCUAGUCCAUUCGCAUCAAAUGUCCCAGUGCAGUGACAAAAUUGAGGACAUGAAAAGAGCUCGUCUGAUCCUGGAUGAUGGUGAUGAUUUGGAGCAGCCAGAGAUCAGUUUGACAAACUCAGGUGGCUCAGGCAAACAGUCUGCUGAUGCGUUUGCUCUCCCAGGGGUGAUUGAACGCUGGGAACUACUGCAGGCUCAGUCCGGGAACGAGCAAGACGCCGACCCCCAGGAUCCGCCCAAUGUCACAUCUGACCUCGAUGAGGUCAUUUCCUGGUUGGACAACAUUCAUCCGGAACUGGACCGCCUCCAGCAGUCGCAUCCAAGCAACAGGAUUGUUGACAUGGCAACCAGAGCGAAAGAGAUGAAGGAGAUGAAGGAGAUGUUUACACACUACAAGCCUAUCAUGCUGUCAGUCAACCUGCGCGCUCUGCAAGUCCCGGAGCAGCAGGAGAAGCUCGUCGAUUUGAACCAAGCCUGGAGCCGAGCUUCAACACUUCUUCACCAGUGGGAAACCAGUUUGAGAAGGACUCUGAUGUGCUGCCAGGAGUUUGAUGAGAGCCUCCAUUCCCUGCUGCUGUGGCUGGCGCGCGCCGAGAAGAAACGCGACGCGGUCGACGUCAGGGAUCCGGAGACACCUCUUCAAAUUCUGAGACGGCAGCAUCGCUCCCUCACUGCCCUGCUGGAGGAGCUCUUGGAGAGGCGGAGCCAGCAGGCUUCGCUCCACACCCUGUGGUCUCAACUCCAGCCAGAGGACGGGGGCGAGGGGAGCCACGAGGCCCAGGAGAAGCUCCACGUGACGGCCACCAAAUUGAAGUUACUCAUGAAGGACGUGAGCGAGGACCUGAACAUCCUGCAUCAACGUCUAGACUGCAACACCUACAAAGGUCAAAAUGUCCCAUUGGAUUCAUCUCAGCACAUCACCCAAACAAAGGAGUCUCCUUCCACUCAAAAAGGGAGGAGAGACUCAUCCCCACCGCGCUCCUUCUUCUGUCGGGUCCUGUGGGCUGCCGUCCCAUUUCACCUCCUCCUGCUGUUCUUGCUGCUCCUUCCUUGUUUGGUUCCCAGGUCGGAGAGAGACUCGAGUUGCACUGUUGCCAACAACUUUGCUCGCUCUUUUCAUCCCAUGUUACAUUACACUAACGGACCCCCGCCCACUUGAGUCAGACUUGAGCACAGGUGCGGGGGGUUUAAGACGAGAAGGAAUAAAUACAAUUCCCUUUUUUUCC